AUGUCUGGUAAUCCUCCUUCCAUCGUUCUUCUGCCAUCAUCUUCAUCGCCAAGUCCAAAUCCUUCUAUUCAAACUGCAAAUGUUCAUCCGAUUGUUCGACCUCCUAUCAUUCUACAUCAGCAAGGAUCCCAACCGUCUGCAUCUUCAUCAAUACCAUUUAAAAAUGUUAUUGUAAGACCAUAUCGAGAUAGUAUUCAACAAGCACUAAUAACAACAUCAACAACCAAUGUUGACGUUAAACCAAUCGUUUUACAAUCGAGUGAUAAUAUUGAACCACAUCAACCAAACAAGCGAAUCGCUCUCGAUUCAUCUGAUUUCAAUAAUUCUAAUAUAUCAUUUUCGGCUGUACCAAAAUCUGAAGUCAUGACUGUUUUACAACAAACUCAACCAGUGAAUACACUAUCGCUUGCUAAAAUGGUUCCACAAUCGCCAUCGAACUCUACUUCUUUUUCAACUCUACGCUUAGUAACACCAUCAACAUUUGUUAAUCCCAGUGAGAUGUCUACAAUAAAAACAUCAGGUCAACAAUUUUUUCUUCAACAACGGGGAAAUCUUGUCAUCACACAGCCACUUGUUACGUUGCAAGUUCAACAAGAUUCAAAUUCUGUUCAAAAAGAAAAUAACAGUAAUACGAAUACGUUUUCAACAGAACAAUCAAGUAAUAAUACAAGAACAACUUGUGCUGAUUACUUACCAGUUCAAUAUCAGCGAAAACCAUGUAAUUGUACAAAAUCAAUGUGUCUUAAAUUAUAUUGUGAUUGCUUUGCAAAUGGACUUAACUGUCAGAAUUGUGCUUGUCUAAAUUGUCACAAUGAUACAAGACAUGAAGAAGAACGCACAAAAGCUAUAGCUACUACACUUGAACGUAAUCCUAAUGCAUUCAAAUCAAAAAUGUAUAAAUUUGCUAAUACAAUCACUCCACAACCAGAUCGACCUCUGAAAGGUUGUAAUUGUAAAAAGUCAAGCUGUCACAAACGAUAUUGUGAAUGCUAUGAAUCACGAGUACCUUGUACUAGUUUAUGUAAAUGUAUCGGAUGUAAAAAUACUGAACAAUCAGUACAUCCGCUUAAUGUUGGUUUUUAUCGAUCGGGUCAACCAAAAACAACAACUCAAACUCCACUCGAUCAAAUACCAAGAACAGGACCCCCAACAGAAACUACCAUUCCAAAUAAUGUGUUUAACAUGGAAGUGACUGAAGCUUUAGCUACUUGUUUACUUGUAACAGGUCAACAAUGCGAAAUCAAUCAAAUGAAUGAACUCGAUUCAAACCUAGCUAUACUGAAAGAAUUUCAGAGAUGUAUGCAUCAAAUUGUACAAUCAGCACUUGGACGUCCUCCCAUACUAUCAUCGUUCGACUAA